AUGCGGGGAGGAGGGAAGCCGCCCGUAGGGAGCUUUUCCAACUGCGCGAGAUGUGAGAAGCAAUUCACUGUGACCAAGUAUACCAUGGCUGCAAAUCCUGGCCCUGGCUGGCUUUGUCACCCAUGCGCGAAGGCGGGAGGCAUCGACCCAUUCAAGAAGCCCGCUGUUGCACCCAAGCCGAAGCGCAGAAGGGCUGAGGAUAAGAAGUCCACCACGUUCGAGGAGCGACGAUUCCCAAGUCUUGUCUCAAUAUGCGUGCAGAUCAUCACGCGAAAUAUUGACAAUAUAGAGGCGCUUGGCGACAUCGGCACUAUGAACAUGCAAGAGAUCUCUAAGGCUAUCUCGAAGACUCGUGGAUUGACGCCCGAGAAUGUCAAACUAUUCUACGAUGCAGUGCAGUCUAAGUUGACCCUCUACGACGCAACAAACUUGCCUUCAGCCGCUUUCUCUGUCAUGGGCGCGCUGAACCCUCGUCUGACCACGCUGCGUCUCGACUUCUGCGGCCAGAUGGACUCUGCAGCGCUCGAUGCUCUGUCUUCGCAUCUCCCCGAGCUCAAGAAUAUAGAGUUACUAGGCCCUUUCCUCGUACGCACGGAGUCAUGGCAGCGGUUCUUCCAAAACCAUCAACUGGAAGAGUUCCUGAUUACGCAGAGCCCAAGGUUCGACCUAGCCUGCCUCCGCGCCCUCCUUGCCUCCAGUGGCAAGUCACUCAGGCGCCUCCGCCUUCGGGAGGUCGGGAAGCUGAACGACAAGUUCAUCAACGAGCUGUGCAGUCUGCGCGAUGCCCCGCUGCAGCACCUCGAUCUAGCCCACCCUUCGCAUUCAUGUUCGGAGGACGCGCUGAUCGAUCUUGUUAAGGCCGUCGGCUCCGACCUUCGCUACCUCGACUUCUCCGCGCACGACGAGCUCAGCGACGUAUUUCUCACCGAGGGUCUUGCGCCGCACUGCCACCACGUCGCGACGCUCAUCUUGCAGCAUCUGCCCCUCCUGACCGACGCUGGCGUAGCGGGCUUCUUCGCCAAUUAUCAUUGCACGCCGCUCACCACGCUCGACCUCUCGCGCAACCCCGACCUCUCCUCGGCGGCGCUCGCCGCGCUGCUCGCGCAUUCCGGUUCGGCGCUCGAGCGGCUGAGCAUCAAUGGGUGGAAGGACACGAAGCACGAGGCGCUGAUGGAGAUCGGCGCGAGGGCGAAGGAGUUGCGGGAGGUGGAUGUGGGGUGGUGUCGGGAGGUGGAUGAUUUUGUGGUGAAGGCGAUUCUUGAGGGCGGGGAAGAUGGAGUGCGUCCGGAGCACUUGCAAAAGGUGUGGGUGUGGGGAUGCGGGCGGGUGAAGGGGGUAUUCCCAAGGAGGCCUGGUGUGAGCGUGUUUGGGGUUGAGGCUCAUCAGGUGGGAGGAGAGUAG